UGUCACAAGUAGGUGUUGGUGUCGUUGGUGUAAUUGUUUAUUUUUAUUUGGGUGGGGGUUAGUCUGUUAGUCAUCAGCCAGUAAUUAUUAGAGUAUAAUAUUUAUUUGAUGAUGGACUGGCUAUCUUUCAGUAUUUUCCUCUAUGCCUCCGUCAUCCUGCCAGUUAAAUCUUUGGUUGUCCCAUGUAAUGAUUCUUUUACAUCAAAAUGUUUAUGUGGUGAUAUUGACUACAUGGGGAAAAGACAGUUUGUAGUGAAUUGUACCAACACAAAUUUUCAAAAUGCAUCAGUAUUACAGAAUCUACCUUCAAAAACACAAGUUCUGAUUUUCACUGGCAACAACAUCAACGAGCUUCCAAUGAAUGUGUUUGGUUCUAUGAACAGUUUCUUGGAUUUGAAAGUAGUGGACAUGUCAAACAACAACAUUCAAGACAUCCGCGGUAAAACAUACCACAGAGUGUCGAAUGUCGAGAGACUGAUCCUGAACCACAAUCAAAUAUCAAUCUCUUCAAAGGAACCGAGCCAUCACCAUCCACGCAUUUUUUCCAAUUUUGAGAACUUGGUUGAACUCCACUUGACGGAUGCAUUUGCGGACAACAAUCCGGAAGAUCUCGCCUCCGAUCUGCACGACAUUUUCAUCAACAGUGAGCUCACUUCUUUGCGCAAACUGCAUUUGGAGCAGAACGAGAUAUCUCAGUUCAAAGACCCAAAAGUCUUCUGCGAUCUACCGAACUUACAAGACCUUCAUCUGGGUCAAAACCACUUGACAGGUUUACACUUUGACAUUGACUGUCUCCCCCACCUGAGGUUCCUGGACCUGGAGUACAACAACAUCCGACAGCUGGCUCCGGACGAUCGCUCGGCUCUAGACAGCUACACCAAGACUCACACGGACCAUGGCCUAACCAUCGACCUCUCGGACAACUCCCUCACUGGGGGCUGUAGCAGCCUCUAUGCAUGGAUGCAGGCAACCAAGGUUGUCGUCCGCAACAAAAACAUUCUCCACUGUCAUGAGCUCCACCCGUCUGAUGGCUGUCCAACAUUAUUGACGUCUCAGGUUCAGGCCGCGCCAUCCUCUCACACAGGAACGGAGCUAUUUCUACUGGUCGCCCUGUGCGCAACCCUCGGGCUGCUGGCCUACACUAACUGGCAUCCUAUUGAGAAACAGAUGCGGCCUUUGGUGGACGCCCUCUCUCACAAAGUUCAUUAUACCAACAUCGGCCGACAUGAGGAGCAGGAGAUGAACGUGUGAAGAGGAUUUUACCGUAGGUUAACUGUAGCCGUCCUGUACAACGGUUAGGUUAGAUUCCUACAACUCCUAACCAGUGUCGAAGUACCUAGUCUGUAAAUACCUAACGGAUACUAGUAGAGGUGGAUUUAUAGUUUUAAUGUGAUUGGAUGUUAAAAAAAGUUGUACGUAGAUGUCCUUUGUUUUAUCAGAGUAUAAUAGUUUGUGGCACAUUCAUAGUAUGCACCAAAAUAUUUAGUACGGUAAUGGAAAUUUUGGCAUAAUUUAUUUUUCGUGAAGAUUUUGCAGCUGUGCCUUAAAUUAACUUAAAAAUACCUCUUAGCUUUUGAAGAACAAAUUUGACAAUUAAUUAGGCUACCACAGCAGAAAUGAAAGAUAACUAGUUAAAUUUAUUCAAUAUGUUAUCUGCCUCUUCUUAGUAUUCCACAUCCAUUUAGCAUUUAGUAACCUAAGAGUAUUACAAUUUGGUUUUGAAAUGUUCUAUGUAGUAUUAUUUAGGUUUAAAUAAUAAUUAGACAACUAUAAGACUAACCAAUUACAGAACAAUAUGUGAUAUAGCAUUGAAUAAUGUACUUAUUUAAAUUUUAAGGACAUUAUCUUUAUUAGCAUUCUUUACACUGCCUUAUUAACAAUUUUAUAUUUAAGUAUCAUCUUUGACUAUUAUUACAACGUAUCAUUCAUUCAGUAUUGAUUAUUAAAGUAUUAUCCUAUCUUUACUCUGGUCUUAAUAUCUAUAGUUUAAGACUUAUAUUGUUUAUCAAUUAAUUUUAAUUUAUAGUUCUUAUAGAAUGACAUUGUAUUUUAUUAGGGAUUGAGUAUGAACAAAACUAUUUUUGAAGGACAUAAACAAUUAAUUUCUUUACAAAUUUUCUUCCACAUUUUAGCACCUAACUUGUUAUUUCAAUUAAGUCGGUCCUGUUUUGGGAUCACCGAGCUAUAAACUGAUCUCCUGGUUCAAAUCCCUACAGUCAGUCAUACUUUUAAACUUGCGAGGAAAUGCUUUUACUCUGUGAUUCGAAUCAAAGGAGAUACCGUUAGUACUUUUUUACAAAUCAUGCUUUUAGUACUUGUCUCACUUCAUUCUGCACUCAUAUCGGCAGAACUAAAGAAUAUAUUCAUUUAAUAGAUAUUAGAAAUGUGCCUUAAAAAUUUACAAUGUUUUUAAACUAAUAAGAUCGUCAAAACAAUCUUAAAUUAGGACAUCGCCUUAAAAAUGUCAAUAUUAGUUUGUAUGUUUUUAUAAUAUUCUAAAUUUUUAUAUAAAAUUGUAUUAUUUUUAUCUUUAAAAGACUUACAGUUAUGCUAAGUUGUUGCAUUUACACAACUUGAUGUCCCCAGACAGUAAAAUAAAAAUGCUUGUUUAUCUAUGGUAAUAAUCUUAUUGAUUGAAUUAUAACGAU